GCCUUUUAGUCAUAAAUUGUUGAAAGCCUAUAAUGUGAAUCAUCUUUUAGUGUUAUAUAUGAAUGUUUAUGAAAGUGCAAUGUAUUGAUAAGAAGUGAAAGAAGUUUUUCUAAUCGCGAUAUAGAAUUGAUUGCGUGGAUGGAAGAGACAUAAAAAGCAAUCAAUCGUAAAUUAGUAAUCAACAGCGUAAAUACAAGAAGCGAUGAGUAAUAAGAGUAAUGGAGACGCAACGGUUAGCGGAGCUAAUCGUCGUACUCAAGUAGAUUGGAAUCGUUUUGGACUUGGCAGUGAAGACGAUGUUGAGGUAGCAAAUUUUCGACAGCGAGCCAACACAAGUGGUUUUGUGGAUCUUGGGAAUGAGUACACGUAUGCAGCAGGUGGUCAUCAUGCAUCGGGCGCAAAUGAAAUAUUUGCCGAUGAACAAGGAGAUAAACCAUGGUGGAGGUCAAAUUUUUUUAUAUCACAACCAGUUUUAUUUGGUACAUGGGAUGGCGUAUUCACUUCCUGCCUAAUAAAUGUCUUUGGUGUGAUUGUAUUUUUACGGUCGGGUUGGAUUGUUGGACAAGCAGGCAUUAUAAAUGCCGUACUCAUCAUAUUUUGUACAGUGGUCAUUGCACUGGUAUCAAUUCUAUCAGCAGUGGGCAUUUGUGAACGAUGUCGUGUUGAAAGUGGUGGAGUUUAUUUUCUAAUUGCGCAUACGUUAGGUUCACGUUUUGGUGGAUCACUUGGUCUUUUGUAUUGUUUUGGCCAAGCUGUUGGUUGUGCUCUAAACGUUAUGGGCUUUGGUGAGUCUAUGGCGGGUUUAGUUGGUUUAGAAGACAACAAAUGGGCAAUACGCGGUUUCGCUGCUGCUGCCGUGCUAUUGCUAGGCUGCAUAAAUGUUGCUGGCGUGAAGUGGGUUAUUAAACUACAAUUUGUUUUACUUAUGAUAUUGCUGAUAUCAGCGCUAGAUUUCAUGGUAGGCAGUUUUGUUGGCGAAGAUCCUAAGAACGGUUUUAAUGGCUGGAAUACUGGAGAUUUCGUUGAUAAUCUUUGGCCGAACUAUCAGGAUGGUUAUUCAUGGUUUCGCGUUUUUGGUGUAUUCUUUCCCACAGUAACUGGUGUUUUAUCUGGUAUUAAUAUGAGUGGUGAUUUACGGGCACCUUCAACCGAUAUACCAAAUGGCACAUUAGCAGCCUUCGGUACAUCUACCUUCCUUUACUUGGUUUUUGUGCUUUUCCUUGGUUCCACGUGCUCUCGUGUUACACUGCUUACUGAUUUCAUGAUAUCCGUUAAAGUUUCUGCAGUGCAAUUUUUACUCUUAUCCGGAAUUUAUGUGUCAAGUAUGUCAUCGUGUUUAGGCGCUAUGUAUGGCACACCACGCGUUUUACAAAGUAUAGCAAAUGAAAGUGUAAUUCCUGGCAUCGAUGCACUUGGCAAAGGCCGCGGUCCUAACAAAGUGCCACUGUAUGCUAUGGCGGUUGUGGCUGUCGUUACUGUAACUUUUAUUAUUGUUGGUGAUAUCAAUUUCUUGGCACCUAUUGUAACCAUGCCAUUUUUGCUGACCUAUGCUUGUAUUGACUACUCAUAUUUUGCAUUGGCGCAAACAUUUGAUAUACAAGAGCAGCGAGAAGAACGUUUUCGUAUACAAGCUUCGAGUCCUUCAUAUGAGACUCGUCGUUAUGGUUCUGUACAGGAAGGAAAUGAUUUGGAUAUUCUCUUCCCCGAUCGAGUACGUCAUAAGAAUUUACAAAGCCCACAAAACUCACCACUACAUGUGCCUUCAACAAAUGGAGCUUCUAGCAAUGAGACUGAACGAAAUCAUAUCCAGCAAAAUCACAAUACUAAUGAUCCAAAUGCUGUCAUAAUACGAGACGGUUUCAAUAGCACUAAUCAAGAUGCUGCGCCCGAAGGUGCAAGUCCACAUGAAAAUGAAGAUGAAGAACCCAUUGCACCAAUACGUCCACCGAUUCAUUCAAAAACCAAAAAUUGGUACUCUGGUUAUUGCAAUCGCUGGGCAUCACUUUUAGGCGCUUUCACAAAAUUAUUAGUGAUGCUCUUAGUGAAUUGGUACUACGCGUUAACCUGCUUCUUAGUUGUCUUUAUUAUAUGGUUUUACGUAGGCACAGCCAAUCCAGCGGUGAAACCUGGUCUAACGGCAGAGUUUAACUUUUUUGCUUGGCUUAAAAGUGUUAUAUUCAGAUGCUUCGGUAAACGUAUGCAUGAAUAUGAACAAAUUGUGGUAACGCCGUCUUGUCCUGGUGUUGAUUUCUCACCGACACAAUUAAAUGAUGAAAAUGAAGACUUUUCACAGCGAAGGCGAUAUCAUCAGUCUUCAGUAGUAGAAGGUCAUUUAGUGGAUACUAUAUAAUUUAUUUUUUUGUAAGGAAUUAAUAUGUAAUUAAAAAAAGCUCAAUAACCGUUUGCAGCAAUUGGACCAACCAAUCAACCAAAUGUAUUAACAAAGCAAUAAUACUCUAUACCACAUCUGCUUUUGCUUUUUUAAUUCAAAUCUCUGCCUCUAUAAUCGCUACAAUAUAUAUUUUUAAAGUUUUUGAACACGAUGUAUAAACCCCAGCGCAAAAAUAUUAAACAAUUUUUACUAGACUUGUUGUGCAUUUAUAUAUUAUAUUUUAUAUUAUUUGUUAUUGUAAAUUUUAGCUUUUUUAAUUACGUUGUCAAUUUUCAAACUUUAUUCAUUUAACUAAAAUACUUAAAGUAUGUUUCCUUAAGUUGCGAUACGUGCUUAAAUUGAUUAAGGAAGCAUAUGUGAUAAUGAGAUAAUAAGUAAAGGGAAAAACAUUACUUAAACGUUGAGUAAAAUAUUGGAGAAAUUUAUAACACAAAAUCAAAAAAAUUUAAUUU